AGGGGCGGAAAAAAAAAAAAAGCCUCCACUACUCCAAACGCGUUGGACUUGGGAGCAUGCCGAAACAGAGCCGGAUGGAGGGAGGAAAACUCUUCCUGGCAUUUAUGCCAUGAACACCCUCCCUUCUCCACCCCCGCGCUCCCAUUCCACCCCCACCCCGACCGCGGUAAUUGAAUUGUCACCUGCCCCCAUCCCGCCCUGGGCCGCCAGGGCUACUUGGGGAGGUCGGCCUUGCCAAGCGCCCCCGGCCAGUGAGAGCGGCGCAGCGGAGCCCGCGCCCCAGAAACCGAGGGGUUACACACGUCUACGUAGAGGCGCACCCGACACGGUAAUUAGGCGCAAUUCACACGCUCUCGGGCACACGGAAACUACUUGUCACGGUAUUUUCAACGCUCCUCCUUGCCCACUUUUUUUUCCACUCCUUCCCUGGAGCGCCCCCUCCCCUCCCCGAGGCCCUCAGAGAAGCUUUUGCAGUUUCGAAUCUUUCGGACACUGUAGAGUGCGCGGCUCCCCGGGCGCGGGCCCGGCCAAUCAGAGCGCCGUCUGCCUCCCCUGGCCAAUGGCAGGCGCCACAUUGUUGGCCAAUUCUGUCUAAUGGAGCCCUAAGGAGCAACAAUAGAGCGGGGAAGCUGCUCAUUGAGAGUCUGGCAGCGCCGGGCAGCUGGGGCCAGACUGUGUGCAGCGUCCGGCGCGCUCCGCGAGGGGACGCGGCGCGGAAAGGGCCGGGUCGUGGGUUCCAGCCCGUCGAUCCCUAAACGGUUGCCCGGCUCCGAUUUCCGACGGAAGGGUUGGACUGCGCAGCGUUCUGAGGGGGUCCGGAAGUUCGGACAUGGUGACUGAAGGAGGGUGACGUGGUCAGAUAAGGGGCCGGGGGCAAGGGGAAGAGGCUGAGAGCGCCAGCGUCGCGAGCGGAGCUGGGAGGCGCGUGCAGCGCCCGCGGAGGAGGAUCCCCGAGCCUAAGGCAGGUAGUUGAGGGCCGCAGGGAGGGCAGGGGAGGCGUCCCGGCCUUCCGCCCCUGUUGAUGAAGCCCGGGCCACUCUGGCCUCAGGGACUGCGCGGCUCGAGGGGCCUGAGGGAAGAAGGCAGUGCGCAAAGGGACGGGGUCCAGAAUUCUUGGGCGGAGACACCAGGAUUCGGGCUCAGGAGGGGAACCGGGGACCCAGAGGAGGCCGCGGCGGAAGCUUAGAGUUGGGCCCGCUUGGGCCUCCUGAGGCCACGGCACAGGGGGGACUCCUGCAUUCUCUCAGACCCAGUUCCAGAGGCGACUCCCACGCCUCGGUGGUGCCUGCUGGGCCAUUCAAAUCCCAGGAACCCAACUCCGAGACCAGAAUUUGGGAAUCUGCUCCCGAGCGGGGUCCCGCGGUGCCCCAGAAUGGAGAGGGCGUGUCUGACGACUGGAUCCCUAAACCGGGAGGGGAGGGGAAGGCCGGGUGAGUUGGUCAGCUAAAAGGCUCUCCCUCCUGCAACGCUUAACUUUUGCAAGAUACUUUUUCCUCCCCGACUACUCCAGACUACAAGGCUAAAAACUGUGCCACAGGUUUACUCCAUCUCCAAGCCCAGCCUAUGCCUGAGGGUUUUUUUUUCACGCACACCCCUCUCUCCCGCGUGGACCCUGGGUCCCAGACCCUCAUAUUACCUGUUUCUCGCUGUUUUCCUCGCCCCUCAAGCUAAUCCUCGGGCUGGGUUUGCUAUCGAAAGAAAGAUCCUUCCACUGCAUUUCCUCUGUAAUCCACCUCCCCAGGCCUCCUGAACUCAGCUCCACACCAUUUUCUCUUCCCCCCUGGAGGCCCGCCCCUUGGAACUUGGACCCCCACAUUUCCACGGGUCCCUGGGCCCCUGGGCCUAACUUUGCCCCUGAGUUGUUUCCUAGCCUUCACUCCACUUCCUAAAGCUUUUUUUUUUUUCGUCCCUGAGUUUUCUCUCCAACUCUCCUGCUCCCACCAGAAAAAAAUCUUCCAGCCCAACCAGCUGAACUCUAUGCCUUGAUAUUACCCUCCUCUUCACCCUUCUAUAAAACUGAACGUUUCGCCUCGGGUUUUCCUGUUUUGCUCUUGGCAUCAGUCUAACUGUUGGGUCAAAAUUUUCUAAUUCGAGUCCCACCAAACAAACAUUUCUCUCUGCCUGUCUAACCUCAGUUCUGCUAAACUUUGGGGGAUCUUUUUUUUUUAAACCCUUGUUACAUUCAUCUGAACCAAUGACUUUUAAACUUUAUAUGUCUUUUAAUUUUUUCCAGUGGAACCACUGAUUCAGAUGAAAUCUUACACCCAGUGCAUAAAUCAGUUAUAAGAACUCUGGUGGGAGUGGGGUCGGGGAGUUGGGCAUUUACAAGUGGACUCCAAAGUCCACUCCCAGCGAUUCCGUAACUGCUAGCUAAACCUCCCGCUGCCGAAAUGCCCCUCUCUAAACCUGGAUUCCUCCAGGGUGCGCUUUAGCUUAGCGCACCAUGCGCUCCUCACCGCAAGUUUCUCCCCUCUUCCCACGGUGUUCCACGCCAGGUCCUGCCAUGGAGCUGCGCUCCGAGUUGCCCAGCGUACCCGGCGCGGCGACGGCGGCUGCGACAGCGACGGGCCCGCCCGUGGCUUCGGUGGCGUCGGUGGCAGCGGCGGCGGCAGCGGCCGCUUCGCUACCUGUGAGCGUGGCGGGCGGCUUGCUACGAGCGCCGCCGCUGUUGUUGCGGGCUGCGGAGAAGUACCCGCGGACCCCCAAGUGCGCGCGCUGCCGCAACCACGGCGUGGUGUCUGCGCUCAAGGGCCACAAGCGCUACUGCCGCUGGAAGGACUGCCUGUGCGCCAAGUGCACGCUCAUCGCCGAGCGCCAGCGCGUCAUGGCGGCGCAGGUGGCGCUGCGCAGGCAACAGGCGCAGGAAGAGAACGAGGCGCGCGAGUUACAGCUCCUCUACGGCACUGCCGAGGGCCUGGCGCUGGCCGCCGCCAACGGCAUCAUCCCGCCGCGACCCGCCUACGAGGUCUUCGGCUCUGUGUGCGCCGCCGACGGCGGGGGGCAGGGAGCGGGAGCGCCCGCGGGCACCGGAGGCGGCGCCGCGGGCGCAGGGAGCUCAGAGGCCAAGUUACAGAAGUUUGACGUAUUCCCCAAGACGCUGCUUCAGGCAGGCCGCGCAGGCAGCCCGCAGCCGCCGCCGGGAAAGCCCUUAUCACCCGACGGCGCGGACUCUGGUCCCGGGACAUCGUCCCCAGAGGUGCGAGCGGGCUCGGGCUCGGAGAACGGCGACGGCGAGUCCUUUUCUGGGUCGCCCCUGGCCCGGGCCUCCAAAGAGGCAGGUGGCAGCUGCCCAGGCAGCGCUGGCCCCGGAGGCGGCGGCGAGGAGGACAGCCCAGGAUCCACCAGCCCUCUGGGUUCAGAAUCCGGUUCCGAGGUCGACAAAGAAGAGGCAGAGGCCGCUCCCGCGCCCGGGCUGGGCGGGGGCCCGGGUCCACGGCAGCGGACGCCGCUAGACAUCUUGACGCGCGUCUUCCCGGGCCACCGGCGGGGUGUCCUGGAGCUAGUGUUGCAGGGCUGCGGCGGCGACGUGGUGCAGGCUAUCGAGCAGGUGCUGAACCACCACCGCGGGGGCCUGGCGGCCGGCCUCGGCCCCGCCGUGCCCCCCGAUAAGGCCGCGGUGGGGGCAGUAGUAGCAGCGGAUGACGCGUGGCCUGGCCGCGUCGACGCCGCGGCCGCUGGGGGGCCGGGGCUGCCCGCGCCGCUGCAGGCGGGCCCAGCCGCACCUCCGCACCACAGACCUUUGCUGGCCGGCGCCAUGGCGCCCGGGGCGCUGGGCUCGCUGAGCAGCCGCUCGGCCUUCUCGCCACUGCAGCCCAACGCCAGUCACUUCGGCGCCGACGCGGGCGCCUACCCGCUGGGCGCGCCGCUCGGCCUCAGCCCCCUGCGCCUGGCCUACUCGGCGGCGGCGGCGCACAGUCGCGGCCUGGCCUUCAUGGCUCCCUACUCCACCGCCGGCCUGGUGCCCACACUCGGCUUCCGCCCGCCCAUGGACUACGCCUUCAGUGAUCUCAUGCGCGACCGCUCGGCCGCCGCCGCUGCUGUGCACAAGGAGCCGACCUACGGCGGCGGCCUGUACGGGCCCAUGGUCAAUGGCGCCCCGGAGAAGCAGUAGGGCGAGCGGCCCGGCAGUCGGGCGGCCCCCAAACAGGGACCCCAGGCUUGCCCCGCGGGCUGCCGGCCCGUCUUUGCCUGGUGCGCUCUCUGCGCCCCGGCUGGGAUCCUCUCGCUCCAAGGUGGUUUUCAGUUUUGUUUUGGACGGUGGGUGGGGAGAGCUGAGCAAAGAGGAGCAGCUUCAGAUGCAGAUGUUCUCGGAGGGGAUGUGAGACCCCCAUCCUCGUCCCGCGACCCUAUCAAGGCUCCCCAUCCCUUCAGAAGGCCGGGAAUUCUUGAGAAUUCAGAGGCUGCAGCCGCUGCGCAAGCUCCUGCCUCUCCUGUCGCUAUGCUCGUCACACCUGCCCGCGCUCCCGAAUGGUUGGCAGGAUAGUCCGAGAGUCUGUCUUCUGUGUCUCCCCCUCCCUUAAAAAAAUUUUUAAUAUUCGCUCUAACAAAUAUAAAUUUAGGAUGUAUAAAUCUCUUGGCACUGAGUUGAGUCUUUGGGACACACAUAUAUAUCGAUAUCAA